UGGUUGUGUACAGGUGCAUAUUACCUUGAACGGCUUGAAAAUCAGUAACCUCUUUGCCAUGCCUCAAAUAUACACGAUUUAACGAACGGAUUUUGGGUUACUUGGGAAUGCCGCCUAGGCAACGGGACCACCUUUCAACGUGGACAGAGAGAGUUCCAUCAUGAAGGAGCAGCUCGUGAGCGCCAUACAUCUGCAGGAAGUAGAACUGGAAUAUGUCAACGAAAAUGCAACACCUGAGGAGCCGAAAGAGCGUAAAACGUACAGCGUUGAAGAAGCAGUUGAGACCAUUGGCUUUGGGUGGUUUCACGUUCUCCUCUUCGUCAUCAUGGGCAGCGCCAAUAUUAUAGAGGCCAUGGAGAUCAUGCUACUGGCUGUGCUGUCACCAGAAAUCCGUUGUGAAUGGCGUCUGCAGGACUGGCAGGUGGCGCUGGUUUCCACGAUGGUGUUCCUUGGGUUCAUGGUCUGUGGGGCGUUCAGUGGAUAUAUAGCUGACCGAUAUGGACGCUGGAAGGUGGUGUUUGGCGGUUUUGUGUGGUCCGCGUACUUCUCCCUGCUCACUUCUUUCUCACCGUCCUAUGGCUGGUUCAUCUUCCUCCGCAGCAUGGUUGGCUGUGGGAUAGCUGGGGCCUCGCAAGGAUAUAUUUUAAAAACAGAAUUCAUUCCUGCGAAGUAUAGAGCUUAUUUACUCCCACUGGCCUCGAUCUUCUGGAUGGCGGGCUCCAUGCUGAUCAUCAUCCUGGGCAUGACCGUGGUGCCCGUCCUGGGCUGGCGGUGGAUGAUCCGGCUGUCAGUCCUCCCCAGCCUCAUUCUCAUCGUGCUCUUCCAGUUCAUCCCCGAGUCGGCCCGCUUCAACGUGUCGGCGGGGAACGUGGCGGGCGCGGUGGCGACGCUCCAGCGCAUCGCCAAGAUGAACCGCUCCUCCCUGCCGGAGGGGGACCUGGCGGAGCCCGUCCUGAACGACAGGGGAAGCUUUUACGUUCUCGUGAGCUCCACGUUCAGAAGGACGUCGGUUCUCAUGUGGUAUUCAUGGUUCGUGGCAUCCUUCGCCUACUACGGCUCCGUCCUGAGCAGCUCGGAGCUCCUGGAGAAGAACCUGCUGUGCAUCAGGGACCCAGACCCGGAGCACCACGUCAAGCAUGUCCAGGAGGGGGCGCGGUGCUACUGCAUCCCGUUCGGCAUGGCCGAUUACCAGACCCUGCUCAUCAGCUGCUUGGGAGAGGUGGCACUCAUUCCACUGAACAUAGCCUUACUGAACGUUGUGGGGCGGAAAUACAGCUUGGUCAUCUUACAGCUCAGCUCAGGGGUCUUCUUCAUGCUGGUCAACAUCUGCUCUACCAUGUUUGGCUUCACAGUGCUGCUCUUCCUGAUCCGGUCCCUGGUCUCCAUGAAUUUCAGUGUUGUUUAUCUUUAUACUGCGGAGGUGUAUCCCACUGCCGUGCGAUCCAUAGGACUGGGCGUCUGCACUUCCUUUAGCCGAAUUGGGGGCAUGAUCGCACCUUUCAUUGCUCAGGUGUUGAUGUCCAGGUCAGUGCUGCUGGCCCUGUUGCCAUUCUCCAUAUCCUGCUUCCUGUGUGCAGGAGGAGCCCUCCUGUUGCCCAUAGAAACCAGAGGACGAGCCCUACUGCAAAGCUCAUGACCCGAACCAAAUCAACAAAGAGGACGGAAUACUUCUUCAGCCAUAAAUACAGCAUAAUUGAAAGUUUAUUAAUUUAAGCAAAAGCAUCCAUUGUCUGAGCAGUUGGACAUUUGUUUACAAGUGGAAACUGAACAUCGAAGACGGACUUCACCUCAGAGGUCCUUGGCACUUUAAUAUUGGUGUUGGUGCACUGCAUAGGAGGGUAUAUGUGUCCUGUAAGAAUCCUGGAAGCUAACACAGGCUAACUGCAAUUUCAAAAAUUCACACGUGCCUGUUCUAGUUUUGAUUUUAUUGGCAUGGAACUGCAUGACUUCGAGCUGCAUGUUCGCAGGAAGUGAUGUCAUGCCAUGCCAUAGUUUUCUUCAGUGUGCAUAUGAAACACAAAAUAUGAGGCAUUAUGCAGACAUGAAUGUGUGACAGGCUAACUAUGAACCUUCUCUGCCUCUUUAAAGGGGUUAUUGGAACAAAGGACCCAAGGCGUAUGUACAACAAUGCAACAGUGGGUUGCUUCACAGUCCCAAUGGCAAGAACAAAUCAUUUGAAAUAAAGAGAAAUGCACAGAGAAAUUAACAUUCGGAAUACCAUACCUACUCAAAUCGUAAAGAGAAAUAAAAAUUAUUUUAAAAAAAAAGUGUACUCUGAGAUGACUGAUGAAUGGUUGUGACUGAUUAAUAUCAUAAAUGUGAAGAUCAUGUGAUCUUGCAUUUAUGUAUCUUUAAUUAUAUUUUUAUUUCCAUGUUUUAUGUAUGUAUAUGUCUUUAAGCAUCUAUACAUGCGCUGUAUUUUAUUCUGUUUUGUGUUCUUUGUGGACCCCUGAAAAAAUUGCUGUAGCAGGUAAUGGGGAUGCGAACAAACAAACAAAAAAGGGUUAUGCAUUAAUAUACGCAAAUGUAACCCAUGGGUAUGUUUAAACACACAACCAUACAUGGUGCUACUUGACCUCAUCUAUCUGUAAAAAUGAAAGGUUUGAAACAAAAUCUUGCAGAAUAUUCACAGUGUGAUUUCAUUGCUGUUUCUGAUAUCUUAGACAGUCAAGUCAACUUGGAUGUGUACCAAUGUGACUAUACAACAAACUGUUCAAACUGGGAUUUCUCAAAGAUUUGAUUUAUUAUUUGAAAAUAAUAAAAUUAAAUGGUAUUCCUA